AUGUCAGCGGACCGUCUCUUCCAGCCCUUGAAGGUGGGCAACAUGGAGCUCAAACACCGUAUCGCCAUUGCUCCUUGUUCACGCUAUCGCGCAAACGAUAAGCAUGAAAUCUUACCUAUAUCUGCAAAGUACUAUGGCGAGCGCGGCUGUGUACCCGGAACACUUCUUGUUUCCGAAGCGACAUCAAUUUCGAAACAAGCUGGUAGUUUCGCCAACGUACCUGGCAUCUGGUCACAAGCUCAAAUCGAUGCUUGGAAGCUUGUCACCAAAGCUGUUCACGAGAAGGGCUCGUAUAUAUAUGUCCAAAUUUGGAGCCGUGGACGUACAGCAGACCCAGAAGUCUCGGAGAAAGAAGGCAUUACCAUCAAGUCUUCCAGCGCCACACCUCUUGUUGAAGGUUUCGCCACACCAAAGGAAAUUACUAUCGAAGAGAUCAAAGAGUCCGUCGAGGAAUACGCUCAAUCUGCAAAGAACGCCAUCGAGGCUGGUUUCGAUGGUGUAGAGAUCCACGCUACACACGGAUUUCUCAUUGAUCAAUUCCUGCAAGAUACAUGCAACAAACGUACAGACUCCUACGGAGGCUCCAUUGAGAACCGCUCUCGGUUCGCUGUAGAGGUUACACAGGCUGUGGCUGAAGCCAUUGGCGCAGAAAAGACUGGUAUCCGGCUGAACCCUUUCAGCAACUACCACGGCAUGGGGAUGGAAGAUCCAAUACCUCAAUUCACCGACCUCAUAAAGAAAUUGGAUGCUUUUAGUCUUGCUUAUCUUCACAUUGUCGAACCACGUGUCGACGGUAUCGAUGACAUCGAACCCACUCAAUCAAUUGGGUUCCUACUACCGCACUUCACUGGCACAUUGGUCAUUGCUGGAGGGUCCAAGCUCCAUAAUACCAAGCAGUAUGCAGAGCAGUUUAAGUACAAUGAUAUUGUUAUUGCGUUUGGACGCUACUUCAUUUCGACAACUGAUCUGGCUUUCAGGUUACAGAGAGGAAUCGAAUUUAAUCCUCAUGAUCGUGAAACCUUUUACUUGUCGAGGACCGAGAAGGGAUUGAAUGAUUAUCCGUUUAGUCAAGAGUGGAAUGCGAAGCAAACGCCUUAA